CGAUUUAUUGAACAUGUUGAAACAAUACAAACACAAAAUAAUUUCUGAGCAAUAAAAACAAAAGCAAACAGGAUCCUUGGCAACAAAUGAGCAACUCAAAUUAUAUUGUUCCUGUUCCAAAGGGGUGAGAAGAAGUUAAGAACAUGUCCGGUCCUGCCCCCUCUAAUUUUUUAUAAAUUAAUUAUAGAAAAUAAAAGUUAAAUUUGCAGCCUCACUACUUUACUAAUGUACUCAGUUAUUAUUUUUUUUAAAUCACCAAAAUAUACUAGAGAAUAGGUGUAUUUUUAAUUUAUUUCAUUCACAAUCGCUCGGCAUAUUUUUCCUAAAUGAGUCUCAGGGUGAACAACAGCUGUCACAAAUAAAAAUGUUCUCAACUUGUCAGUAAUUCAUCUUAUCUGACCUUUGAUCCGGCUGCUGAUAGUGUUUACACAGGAGGGCACUUCACACAUAAUAAAAUACAUAUAUAAAACAUUAUAAAAAUCUUUAUCAGGUUAUUAAUUUGAUGCACAAAUACUGCAGUUUUUAUGACUUUAAUUUGAAUUUGAAGUUCAAUCUUCUUCUUUUUUUUUUUUUUUAAACCAAAACUACUUUUAUCUCUAAUUUAAAUCCACAUUUUGCCUCUGAAGUUUAUUAACAUCUAAAAUUAAGCAAUAAUACGUGUUGUGUGUGUGUGUGUGUGUGUGUGUUCCCUGAAACUACAUGAUGUGUUAAGAGGGAAGAAUGUAAUACAGUUAAGGUUUAUUGCAGUAUUGUGGAGUUGGUGCGUUCAGUGACCUGUUUGCUGGGAAUAUCUCUGUACAAUAAAAGGGCGAUAAAGUCCGUGCCCACGUUAGUCACCUGCUUUGAUCGGUUAUAAACACUCGCGCUGCCUCCGCUGUCAGUCUGUCAUCCAGGAGCCUCUUUGGUCCGUCUCUCCAUCCUUCAGCUCUGCAUCCAUCUGAUAAUUGAUCCUGAUUAUGGCUGUGACCAACCAACCAGGCGGCUACCCACCCUCUGACUUCCAGACCGGCCUGUGCGACUUCUGCGAUGACUGUGGAACCUGCUGCUACGGGCUGUGGUGCUUCCCGUGCCUCGGCUGCACCAUCGCCAGUGACAUGGACGAGUGCUGCCUGUGUGGUCUGACCGUGCUGAUGCGCAGCGUCUACAGGACCAAAUACAACAUCAAAGGGUCACUGUGCAAUGACUACAUGACGUACAUGUGCUGUCCGUGCUGCGCCAUCUGCCAACUGAAGAGAGACAUCGACCGCAGGAAGGAGCAAGGCGUUUUCUGAGCAGAUGGCGCCUCGUCACCGGGCAGUCUGCUGGAUUUCUGUGCUCAUUGAAGCAUCUGUAGAUACAGCCCAUCCUCUCUGAUAAAGAAGAUAAAGAUAGCUUUUGGCCGCUGUAAAUGCUGUUGUAAAUCAACUUCCCUUGUGAUUCUUUUGAGGAAAAUGGCAUUCAUCUUUUCCAGUCAGUCAAACAUUAGUCAGCUGGGACACGCCCCGAGAAUGAAGAGCAGCGUCAUGAUUUACUGCAGCGGUUAUAAAAUGAAGUUUAUCUGUGUCCUCAGCAGUUUACGGGAUGUAGAGAUGAUUGCUGCUUUUUCCAUCGGUGGUUUAAUCUUAAUUAGAGGUACAUUUUACAGCUAUAAAAUGGGAUCUUAACAUCAAAUGGAUCCUGCUGAACUUCUGAUCUGGAUACUAAAUGUUUGUCAUAUUUUAAGGUGUUCUUUUAAUAAAAAUGAAUGAGUGGAGAUUGUCCCUUUUUUUUUUCCAGAGUUGUCUCUUGCUGGUUGAGUAAAACUACUGUUAGUUUUAUUUCCUGUUUGGUGCUGUGAGACCAUUUCCUUUAUCAGCCAUGCUACCGUCAUAGCAAUGUCUGUCCACUACUUUCGUCCAGAUUAUAAUAUUCGCACUGAGGUUAUCAUAACUGUUGUGAAACCAGAUUUCAAAUCCUGUUUGCAAUUAUUCUGCGAGUCUGCGAGCAGCUCUGGAAGUUUAAUUCUGGCUCUGUAAUCCUCUCAUCUUCCAGAUAAUCUGGGUUGAACAUCAGGAUUUCUACCCCAGUUGUCCAGAGGGGUGACUCAGGGAUAAAUCAGAACAAAACUCCUGUAGUCUGAACCCGGCUUAUGAGAGGAUCUCACUGAAAAAGCUUCCAGAAAACAAAUUUAUGAAGUGCAUUUCAUGACUUUGUUGUACUGAAGUAGAAAACAAACUUGAAUGAAUCGACCCAUGAUGCCGAACAAUUUCUCUCCGCUUUAAAUUUAAUUCAAAAUUUCAUAAGUGUGGACUGAGAGGGUUUUACAUGACGCCAUAAAUCAAGAACCAGCUGACAGAUGUUGCUGUGUCAUAAUGUGAAUAACAGGAGAAUGUGUCGGAGCGAAUAGCUUCAACACACCAGUCUUUUUGAGCCUGUUACAUGUCAACUAUCUGAAUAAUCACAUCCAAAUUUUGAACAUGCCGAGUAAAUAAUAUGGAGUCACACCUAAACGCUACAUCGUUGAUCCUCCUGUGAAAACAUUGACACAGAUCUGAAA